CACUAUGUUUUCCACUACGUAAACCUUGAUCACCUUGUAACCAAACGUUCCAUCUGGUUAGAAGACAUCAGUUGUGAAGACGAGUGCUGUACCACAAUGAUCCGACAUCUGGCGGCUUUGAUUCUUCUUACUGCAGUGUCUCUGAUUCAAACUGCAGAGGUUCCUCAGCUGAUCUCUUUGACUUUGGUUGAACCUGGUGACAAUUUUACUUUUCGAUGUCCAUUUUCUGACAGCGACAAAUUCUUUACCUGGUAUAAGCAGACUCUUGGACAUAUGGGCCAAACAGUCGCUUCUGGACUCGCUGGCAAAAUAACAGUCAGCGAACAAUUUAGAGAGUCACGUUUCACAGUCGCAAAAGGGGAUGCUCAGUAUUCUCUCAUCAUCAGAAAUGUAAGCAAAGAGGAUGAAGCAACAUAUUUCUGUCAGAAAGGAACGUCGUUUUCUCCAACUUUCGUCAAUGGCACAUUCUUGGCUGUGAACGACAACAAUCAGCAGAAAUCAGUCUAUGUGAAACAAAGUCCGGAGACAGCAUUUGUCCAGCUGGGAGACGCACUGACUCUCCAAUGUUCACUGCUCUCCAAGAACACAACAGAAAACACAGAUCAGUGUCCAGGUGUACACAGUGUGUACUGGGUCAGAGCUGGAUCAGGAGGAUUUCAUCCAGGCAUCGUUUACACUCACAGGAACAGGAGUGAUGAACGUGUGGAAAGGAGAUGUGUCUACAGUCUGUCCAAAACUAUACAGAACUCCUCUGAUACUGGGAUUUACUACUGUGCUGUGGUCACAUGUGGAGAAAUCCUGUUUGGUGAAGGAACUAAAGUGGACACAAAUUAUUUGGUUCCAGGAUCAGAGUUGGAUCCAGUUGUCAUUCUACUUGGAGCGCUGUUGGCCUGCUGUGUGACUGUGAUUGCCGUCGUCAUUUUCUACAUUAAUGGGAGGAGAGUUUUUGAACAUUGCAAUGGAGCAGCAAGAGCUUCUCAUGAUCUUGGACAUGAAAAAUCAACUGUGGAACAAUCAAACAACCUGGAUGGUGAAGCAAAGGCAGUGAACUAUGCAGCGCUGGAUUUCUCCACAAUGAAAGUGAGAAGAGGGAAUGAAAUGAGGAGAGAGAACACAAAGUGUGUUUACUCUGAUGUUAGAUCAGAUUACCACACCCAGCAACACCCCUCUCUAUAGGCAGAGCAGGACCUUUACACUGCUCCCCAACUCUCUGCAGAGGUCUGUAGCUUAGCUUGUUUUAGAGUUACAGUAUAUUAUGUGCACAGACAGCGAUAGGAGGACGUUUAGCAUCAGUCAGAAUGUGUGUUUUCUGAAAAGUGUUGCACCCAGCAGAUUUCCAGACAGACUGCUCUGAAAAGUUGAGAAAGAUUUAGUUCUUGAGGAAAACAAACAAUCUCAACUGCUUUUCAUUUCAAAAUAUAAAUUUCAUGAUGCAUAUUUGUUUAUUUAAAACUAAAGUAAAACAUGUACACAAACAUCAGUUUCAUGGCAUUGAUAGAUAAGCGUCAUAUGAGAUGUUCAAGCCUUAAAAAUGCAGAUCAGAUAAAAGUGGCAAAUAGGAAACUUUCCUCAUGGCUAAUUCAUUUCAAACCAACUCUUUCAAGAUUAAUCUUUUAAAAAGCCAGCUUGGGUG